UAUAUAGACGUGCCAAGAGAGCCCGCUCAUUCUUUUGUGUGAUUUCCUUGUGUGUGGGUGUUCUGAGGAGCGGACGUCGUUUACGUCGGUCCGCCUUCUCUCUCACUUAUACCAUGGAAGGUUCUAUGGACGUCGUCAUGAGCCCUCUGAGGCACCAGAACUAUCUUUUCGGUUGUGAACUCCAGGCUGAUAAAGAUUAUCACUUUAAGGUGGAUAAUGAUGAAAAUGAGCACCAAUUAUGUUUACAAACGGUCAGUUUAGGGGCUGAUGCAAAGGAUGAAUUGCACAUUGUUGAAGUAGAGGCAAUGAAUUAUGAAGGCAAUUCAAUUAAAAUAACACUGGCAACUUUGAAAAUGUCUGUACAACCAACGGUUUCCCUUGGCGGCUUUGAAGUAACACCACCUGUGGUCUUACGUUUGAAGUGUGGUUCAGGGCCUGUGCAUAUUAGUGGACAGCACUUAGUAGCUACGGAGGAAGAUGCAGAGUCAGAAGAGGAAGAGGAGGAGGAUGUGAAACUCUUAAGUGUGUCUGAGAAGCGUUCUGCCCCUGCAAGUGGUAGCAAGGUUCCACAGGUAUAG